AUCGAAUUUGGGACAUCUGGUCAAAAACGGCUCUGACCUCAAUUCGUGGAUUACAAUACUCCAUCGGCAGACCGGGGAGUCAGUUUCGUCCGCUGUGUCCCAGGUCCUGGCCUCGAAGGGCCCGGUUAAAUCUGUUCAGCUCAAGCCGGGAGGCCCUCCGCCUAAUCCUCUCCUUGCCAUCGACCCUGGACCCAAACUCAG